CUGAUAGUUCUGGGUGUACGCCAGGGUAGACGGUUUCUCUGGCUGAUUCUGAGAGUCUUUCCCUGAGGCAGUUUGUCUGGACUACCCACUGGAUCUGAGUGGUCGUUGCUUGGUUGGCCCACUAACCAACGGGCCAGUUUGACCAAGCAACGGCAAACAGGCUGUCGUUGCCUCGGGUCUGCAAACUCAACGCUCGACGAUGGCCCACGCAACGUCACCAGCUGAGCCGCGCUCACCGUCGCCGUCAUUCUCACAGUCCUCGGUCAUCCUCGAUGACUCGUCCUCCGCUAGCGAGGCAGGCGAGGUUUCCGCACUCCCUGUGGAGAAACGUGGUUCACCAGGACCAUCUUCCGCACCGCCAGCCGACCCCGGUGACACCGUAACAUGUCUAUGGGAGGACUGCGGUGAUGUAUUUUCCCACCUGCCCACUCUCAUAGAACAUAUCCAUAGUUCACAUAUCGGCGUGCACAAAUCGAAUUACACGUGCGAAUGGGCCACUUGCAGUCGUCGCGGCCUUGCGCAGACGUCGCGGUUCGCUCUUAUAUCCCACAUCCGGUCGCACACCGGCGAAAAGCCCUUCACUUGUUCUCGCCCCGAAUGCGACAAGUCUUUCACCCGCUCAGACGCACUUGCAAAACACAUGCGCCUUCAGCACAACAUGCUUCCUCCUCCCUCUGGACGUGGCGGUUCCCGGAAACGAAAACGCGGAGAUUCCCCACAGCCAAGUCCCGCUCAUGGCCUAUCGACUUCCGGGCCUGCGGACACCUCCGGAUUUAACACUUUUAAGGUCGAGCCUCGAUCACCCUCAGAAGUUGGCAUUCCUGGUGCAGAUUACUUUGACUCUCACCCUCCACCUGGCCAAGAAGACGGCCACAACGAAGACGGCAUGGAAGACGACGAUGGUGAUGACGGAUUACCUCCCCAUCUCGUUCGUUUCAUGGACCCACAAACUGGUUUGGUGAUGGGCCGGUCACCUAGUCUGGUCAAAUAUAUCAUCCAGAAAGCAAAGAUGCGUUAUGCAUUGGAAACGCACGCUGCUCUUCUAGAGGAGCUGAGGGUGGCACGAGCACAAGCAAAGGAGGAGAAGAUGAAGAAGGAAGCCAUGCUGGAUGACUUGCUCAGAACUGUAUUUGGGUACCGCCACCUCACAGACUUUUAUCCCCUCCCUAAUGGCCUUUCUGCUUCUUCCCGUUUCUAGCGAGGAAGCUGCCACGCGAUACCUCAUGACGGAUUCGUCUUCACCUCUAAUGAACAUGCGAUCCAAUCAUGGCGAUCCUCAACAUGCCUACCCGCCACCACCACCCUCACACCACUGCCGUAACCACCAGAAGCCCUAUGCCCAAGUAUCAUACCCGCAUUCAUAGUAGGGGGACGUGGUUGUAAUUUGCUUCAUCUGUUGUUAUCUUAUUUGUCGUCGCCUUUUGCUUGUCACUCCAUGUGUUUUUAACAUAAUUUCAAGGUCUGUUCUGCUUUCUGGGACUAGCUGGCAAAUGCGCCUUUGAGUGUAAUGCGUCAUAGAGGGAUAGUCCUUGACAGGAUUCGGAGUAAGAUUAUUCCUUGACGUUAUCCUAGUCCAGGUCUGGGAAAUGGUUUGUUUGUGUUUUUACCGGCUCGGUUGUCGUUGUCUCGGUCCGUGCCAAAAAGUCACCAUCCCCACGCAAUCCCUAUUAUUGUUGGGAGGAUGGUUCUCGGGAC